AUGUUAGUCCUUAUUAGAGAAUUUAGAUGUUUCAUGUAAACAAGAUUGCAAGGAUAUACAUGUAACAUUUAAUAACUAAUCAUUAAGGUAGUCAAAAAUGGAAAAGUGUAUUGGAAAGAAGAAACCUUAGUCGAUGAAUAGAAAGAGUUUCUACAAUUAGAAGUAUUCAUCAUUUCUACUUAAUAGUUUCAAAACUUACAACCUAAAUAGCCAAUAAAUCUUAAACUUGAAUUGACAGAAUCAGUUUCCAAAAAUGAAUCCUUUUUUGAAUUUCAUCCAUCCUAAAUAAACAAUUUGACAACAUAAAAAAUCAACAUUAUCUUCAAAUGUCACCAAGAUAUUGCACUCUAAUUUACAUUAAAAGUGGAGAUAAUUAAUAGUACCAAUCAAACUUUAACUAUACCAUUCACAAAACAAUGUAAUGAAUCAUACUUUGAUCAUUCUAAGUAUUCCGUCUACUUAAAAGACUUAAAUAAUGAAAAUAUUUCAAUUUAAUGGGAUAAUAGUAAACCUUAAUUACUAUAAAAUAUUUCUACUGUUUUUGAAUUCAUACCUCCGAUUAACUAAACCAUCUAUAUAUAGGAUGUUUAAUUAAAUAUUGAUAAUAAUAAUACUAAAAGUGCCAAAGACUUGAUCAAGAAAUAUUAUCUUGAUCCUCCUUUAGCUUAUGUUAGUAACAGUAAGAAAUUGGUUAUCCAACCUGAAAUUACAUGUAAUAACAUUUCUAAUGAAAAAAUAUUAUUCCAUUUAAAAAUCAAAACUUUGAAGUUUGAAGAACCAUUUUUGAUUUACUUCUAUAAAUUAUGCGAUAAGUAAGACAAGGAUCUAGAAAAUAAUUAAGAAUUCCCAAUCUAUAUCGGAACAAAAAAAAAUACAAAUGAGUUGUUCAGAGCAGGAGUAUCCCAAAAUGACUACAAUUACUCUACCAAAUCAAUAGCUGAAAGUACUAAUGCUUUCUAAAUGUUUAUUUAUUUUAAAACAAAAGAUACACAAACAAUUUAAUAGAGACUCUUUCCAAACGGCUAGAAAAUUGAUAUUGAUAUAAUAACUAGAGUGAAGGAUGAGGAGAUUCUAAAAAUAAAACAUCAAAAAAAAUUACAAAUGAGUAAUGUAAAUGACAGAAAAUAGAUAUUGCUAUAUUUUGACUGUUAACAAUAAGGUAAUUCAACUGUUUAUGUGGAUAUCAUUUUUAAUUAUCUAGAUGAUUCUCAUAAAUAGGCAUCAUUUUCAUUUAAUAAAUUUUGUGCUAAGACCAUUUAAAAAUAAGAAAAAACCUUAUUUGGAGAGAUUAUCUAUUACUUCAUUUGUAUUGUUGCCAUGCUUUUUGGAGUCUAGACUAUUCGUUUAUUUACUAAUUUAAUAAAGUAAGAUGCUAAUGUUCCUGAAGUCACGAUAGACACUUCUUAUAAGAGAGGUUAUAGUAAUAUUGAAGAAGAGAAAUAAAUUGAAUUGUGA